AAAUAAUGUAUGAACCGCAGAUUUAGUUAUUUUUUGUAUAAUUUCAUUUGGAAAGAAAUGGUCACUGCAAAUAUAAGUUCAAAGUUCGUUUCCUUGACAACCCAUAAGCGUCCUGAAACAUUGGCAGAGAUUUGAAAAAUGAAUCGACCCGCAACUUCUAUAGCAAGGAGAAACACGCGAAAAGGGAUUCCCUAAUUUACAUUUUCUUAAUUCAAUCUGUAUUGAAUAGAAGUAAAACUGGUCAAGUUUGUUGAAAAGUAAAAAAAAAAAAAAAAAAAAAAGUUAGUCAAUUUAAUUUGCUCGUCAUUCAGUGCUCAAAUUUGUUAAAUCCCGACAGUAAAAUGGCAAAAGUGAAUCCCCUGUCCAACCCCAAAGGAGUGAAACUGCUUUGUGAACUGUGCCAGAAACCUGCUUUUAUCCAGUGUACUAAAUGCACAGUCGCCUACUACUGUGACUCGGACCAUCAGCGCAUGGACUGGGUAGGCAUCCACGAGCAGAUCUGCCAGCUGCUGCUCCCAGUGCGAACCCCUCUGCCCUUCAAGAGCCUGUGCAAGGAGAGGGAGCACCAGCAGGCACAGCUCCUGCAGAGACAGAAGCACCUGAUCGAGCUGACUCAGGCUGCAGCCCGGAAGAAGCUGUGCGAGGGGCGUCACGAGGAGGCGGUCCCAGCUGCCAUGCAGUGUCUGCGCUACUCCAUAGAGGUGCACGGCCUCAGCACCCUCCCGCUCAUACUUCCCUACCUGCUGCUCGCGGAGGCCAGCAUCGGAACGGGGCACCUCCUGCAGGCAGAGGAGUACCUGUCUCAGGCUCAGUGGACUGUGCUAAAGAGGUCAGAGUGCAGCCACUCCAUUCUCCACAAGCUGCACCGCAACCUGGGCCUGCUGUACACCGCCAAGGGGGAGUUUGAUAAUGCCCUGCAGCACCUGGGAAAUGAUAUUUACUAUGCUAGUGAAGAGUUUGGAACCGACAGCAUUGUGACGUCUGGGGGCUACUUUCACAUGGCCAAUGUCUUCUUCCAGCAGAGCAAAAUGGAUGUUGUGGACUCCCUGUACACAAAGGUAACAGAUAUCUGGAGCACUCGCCUGAGCCGGCUGGUGCAGAGUCCCUCUCAGAGUCCCAGCCUGCCUUCAGCUAGCUCCGCCUCCCCUGAUGAAGCUCUGGAUGAGGCUCAGGAAGCUGAGGCCGCCCAGAUGUUGAACGCUAUCUUUGAUAUCCGAGAGCAGGCUCAGAAACAGGACCCUGCUGCCCUGGCCAGUGCCUCCUGUGCCCUCGCCAUGCUCUGCUACCUGCGCAAGGAUCUGGAUAGGGCGCAGGAGCUAGGCAGGAAGGCUCUGAGUGCCAGUCAAUGGGGAGCGGACCCGGGCUUCACUGAAAGCAUUGUGAGGUUCCUACAGCGGAUUAGGGCAGGCGAGAACCUACCUGUGCCCCAGAGAGCCCCAGGGAGCCAGGGGGUCAGCUCCUCUCUGCCGAGUCAAGACAGGGUCCUGAGCAACACAACCAGGGAUACUCUAGUGCCAAGAUCCACAAUUAAAACAAUAUAAAUAUUUCUAAUGGAGUGUUUUUAAAAAUCUUUGCAAUACUGUAUAAUCAUAGGUUUGAGUUUAAUUAACAGCUUAGAAUGGGGAGGGAUAUUUAUUUUGAUUAGAUACACAAUUUUACAAUUGUACACCAGAUGUUAAAAUAUUACAUCAUUGAAGAAUGUUUUUAAAAUGCAGUUUGAUAUUCAUGAAACUGAUCUACACUGUUGUUAAAGACAUCAAGAACAGUCUCCAACAGCAUUUUAUUUAUUAAACCUUAAAAAAAACCCUCCUGAGUUUAAGCUUUAGUCUCCCCAGAGUCAUCCUCCACCUACCGCUGCAUUGCAUUUCUACAUUAGGGUUGUGCUGCAGCCCUGGCUGUGAAUGUUCUUCAACUCACAGUGUGGACAGGCCAGAGUCUGUUGUGGCAGCGCCCUUUGAUGUGAUAAAUCAGAAAUCCCAGUGUGAACAUGCUGAGAAACGCCUCCCGCUUCAGAAUGAAUGUGCGGUGAGGCGAUGCUCUUCUCCCUGAGGGAUCUCAUGAUAUGAAUGAACACAGGGAGUGUCAGGCUCCAGCAGGCUUUAAUAGACUAGGAUGCUACCCACUGACUGCCUAGCAGCUGUAGGCACGCAGGGGAGAGUCACCUGCAGCUACAACAGCCACAGGGGCAGGCUAGCGCCAAAAACAAAUCAAUGCUUUAUCUACAAGGGGUCACACAGGGAUUCAAAAGAGAACAUGUGACUGGGGUAAAAGACAAGGACUGUUAUUUUAAAUACUGACGGCUAUAAAUGUUUUACCUAUGAUUUGAUUUGUAUUGUACAAUCUAUUACCAGUGGCUGCAAGUCAACCCAAAUUGUGUUCCCUCUAAAGUACCCUAUGUACUUAACUAACUUAAAUUCUGAAGUUUCACCAAAGAUACCUUUGCUGCUAGGAUAUGAGAGUUGGUGGAGACAGCAUGGAAAUGUCCUUGUUGAUGCUACAAAACCACUGAAUCAAGUACUAAAAUCUAAAAAUACAUACAGGAGAAAUCUGUACCAUGUUUAUUUUCUGGUAAAGUUUAUUUGCAUACAUUUUGUAAUACUUUGUGGGGACGCUGAACUAAACCCUGGACCACUUAUGUCUGAUAUUCAAGCAUGGCUGGUCUUGAAUAACAAUGUAUUAUCGGGUGAGACUCAGCAAGAUGUAAAUUGGUCUAUAGUCAAAGGUCUGAAAUUUUUUCAUAUCAGCAUCUGUAGAAUGGUAACAAAAAUCGAUCAGCUUAGAAGUUAGACUGAAAUUCAUAAACCUGAUGUGUUAGCUAUCUCUGAAACAUGGUUAUCUACUAAAAUUGACAACGCUCAAAUUGAAAUAGAUAAUUUUAUGAUAUAUCGCAUGGACUGAACAAAGAGGGUGGGGAGGUUGUUUUGUUUAUAUCAAAUAAGUUGCAAUCCUCUGUUUAUAAAACCAAAGCAAAACUUGACCCUCUAGAAGAAUUCAUAAUGGUAUGUGAUAAUAUGCCCCGUUUAAGAAAAGGUGAGUUAAGUCACAUCACUUACCUUGGGUAACCCCAGGCCUAAUAGAGCUGUUUUGUACGAGAGAUCAGGCAUGGCAGAGAUCUAGAUUAACUGGAGAUCAUUC